AUGGUAUUAACAUCUGAUGAAAUAUCUUCGAGUAGAAAUGAUGAGAUUCAUUCACUCUCAUCAACCAAUAAACUUCCUGUAGAAAACGAAGAAGUAGAACGAAUUGAGACACCCCUAUCGACAACAACUGAUGAAAAAGAAAAAUCAUUUGCGACUUCAACUACACUCGAAUCUGAGCUCAAAUUAACGUCGAUAGAAAAUUCAAAUUCUAUUUCUUCUGAUGAAAUAAAUAAAGAAAAUCUUGAUAAUAAUCGUCGAAAUCUAUUAAAAAGUCGUUCAGUUAGUUUUGCUCCAAUGGUUGAAGAAAUUGAAAUACCUUCAUCUCGUCAUUCUUCUUUUUCAUCAACACAUCCUCCAGUUGAUUUUGUCGAUGUACUUGUCGAAAGUUAUAGACUUGAAACUUCAAAUAAUUUAUUUCCAUUAAACGAAGAAAAAACAUAUAUUCCUAAAACAACUCGUACACGUUUAAAUCCUAAUUGGCGUGAACAUCGUAUGCGACGUUUAAUGAAUAAAUUAGAAGAAUUAAGUUUAUGGGAUCGUGAACAAGAGUUAAAAGCAACACAAGCUCAAAUUUUACGUGAACAAAAAUUAGAACAAAUACAAGAUCGUCAACGUAAUCACGAUUUAUGCUUACAAUUAAUGCGUCAAAGACAUGAUAGUGAAAUGGAAAGUGCUAUUUUAUUAGAUCGUGCUGCAAAUAAUGUUAAUGAUGAAAAUACUAGUGCAACAAUAGCACAAGCAAUGAAUUUAGCAUCACCGGCAAAUGUUCUUGCUUAUGAUUUACCAACACCACCACAAACAAUUAAACGGCGUGUUAGACAAGAACAAGACAAAUUAUUAAAUCUUAAAACACCUAUUGGUCGUUAUCGACAGUUUGAAACAACAAUGAAUAAUAAAGUUGACAAAAUCAAUCAAAAAUUAAAACCAGAUUGGCCAAUAAUGCGUGCAUAUAGUCCAUACUAUACACCAAUCCCAUCAUCAUUUGUACCAUUAUUUAGUGAAACAUAUAUAGGAUUACUUUCACUACCUGAUAUACACUCAUUCAAUAGGCAUAAUCAAUAUCAUUAUGGUGUCACUUCGUAUUUAAAUCAAUCACCACCACAUGCUUCUAGUCCUGAUCAUGAAACUCGUCUUAGAUCUCAUGCAAAACGUGAUGUACGUGUACCAUUAAAAGAACAAAUUAAUGAUAGUAUGAGAUAUAAUGAUGAUGAUGAUGAUAAUGAUGAAUAUAAUCAUGCACGAUUCAAUUCUAGUCAACCAAAACGAUCAACAAAUAUAGUGUCAAGUAGUGCUUCGUCAUUAUACGAUGGUUCAACAUUAACAUAUACACCAGGUGAAUCUUCAUUAAUUCAUUCUCGUCAGCCACUAUCAAAUAGUAUUCAUCAACGAAGUCUUAAUGAUGAUCUUAAUGCUAUAACAAAUUUUUCACUUGAAACAAGUAAACAAAUUUUACGAAGUAUUAGUGGAUCAUCAAAUGGUGCCUUAACAAAAAAUCGAUCAUCAUCAGUACCAACAAAUAAACGUGUUAAAUUUAUUGAUCAAGAUGAUGAUCACGAAGAAAAUUUUAAUUCUAAUAAGUCAUCAAGAAUGAUGUAUCAACCGGAAAUGAUAUCUCUUUCAGCAACACGAUAA